AAUAUGUGUUUGCUUCUAGUACCCACAGCUCUGAGGGUGAACGGACAAACUAACGGCCUGAGUGUUGAUGUGCACCCUCCCUUACUGAGCCCUUCCCAGGUGUCCCUAGGGCCUCAGAGUCAGGGGUAUCGUGCUGCAGAUCUAGGAGACAGUCCAGUGUCAUCUGCUAUGAAUUCUGGUCCUCCGAAGAAGCGCCACCGCGGCUGGCUCUCCAGUUCCCUUGUGCCAGUUCCACCGACAGCCGUGCCUGUUCCAGCGAUUCGCCCCAUAGUUUGUUCUGCAGGUUCUGUGAUAACGGUGUCCGCACCUCAGCCUCCAGUCGCAGGUGUCAUCCAGCCUCAGCCCAUCACGGCCGGAGAAACAGUCAUCAUUCCCGACAACCUGCUCACCUGCUCAGGAGUUCGCCCCGUCAUCCUCAUCGGACACGGCACCUUGCCGUAUUUCUACGGGAAUGUCGGCGACAUCGUGGUGAGCCCCCUGCUGGUCAGCUGCUACAAGAGCAGCAAGUUGACGGAGAAAAACCUGGAAACUUUGGGCCUCCACAGUAGCCAGAUUCUCAACGUGGAGACAAUGAUCCUCCUUACUUUGCAGUACCUUGCACGUUUAGGUUUACAGCAGAUUCCACUAAGGGAGGAGCUGGAGCAAAUAGUUCUGAAAGCCAUGUUGUGCUGUCCCGGGAGUCCCGCCAUCUCUCCGUCACAGCUGCCGUGGCUGGCUCGUCUGGAGGCCAGCGUCUCCGGGGGCAGCGUCCAAGUGGUGGUCACUCACACAUCUUUAGGGGAGGGCAUCUCUGAGUCCCUGCGUUCUCUCAGCGAGGGCCCUCAACAUCAGCAGAGCUUGCCCACCUACGUGGUCAUCAUAUGCGCCUCGAAAAUGAGUGGGAACGAGUUCUGCGUGCUUGUUUUGGGAAAGUACCAAGCACGGGCCUUGGCUGAAGGGAUGCUGACAACCAACGAGUUUCUGAAGGAAAUCAGCUACGAGCUCAUCACUGGGAAAGUCGGUAUCUUGGCGUCUCACUUCAAAACAACUUCCCUCGGGGACAAUCUUGACAAGCAGCUGGUGCGAUACCAGCGUCGACGGAAAGGACAGGUCAUCCAGCCCUUUCAGGUCGAUGUCACUGACCACAUCCACUCUCAGGAAGCUGCCAGCAUGUCACCGCCCUCAGACACAGCAGAUCUUCUAAGUAAGGUCUUUCAGAUCUACCCGUCCCAGCUGUGUGUGGCUCGUAACCUCCUCUCUCAAGUUUGCUCCAUUGCCGACUCGGGGUCACAGAACCUGGACCUGGGUCGUUUUUGUAAGGUGGACUUUCUCGUUCUGGUCCCGCCAUCCCACAUUCUGGUGCACCAGACAGCACAGCGCAUCCGACAAUCAGGGGUGCUUGUGGACCUGGGAUAUGAAGAUGCUUCCACCGCAAACCAGAAAUCAGAAAAGUAUGUGGUGCGUCUGGACACCGAUGUUCACACCAAGAUGGAGGCCUUCAUGAAAAAAGUCAAACAGAACCCCUACACCCUUUUUGUCCUUAUUCAUGACAACUCACACGUCGACCUCACAAGUGCACUGUCAGGCUCUGUGUGCCACGGGGAGAUGCAGGGCCUCGCCGACCGGGUAGUGAACUGCCAAGAGGUCUUAGAUGCCCUGAACCUCUUAGUCCUACAGGUCAGCUGCUUCCCUCACACCCUGCAGACCCGCCAAUCCCGCAUCAGUGUCCACAAUGAGAUUCACUGGCCAACCAAUGAACCCAUGCAAACGGAGCAGUGUCCCAAUGACUUGGUCUACUUCGGCCUUAGAGACUACAGCAGGUCACUGCAGUGGGGCGUGGCCAGCCCCAUCCUGCGCUGUGAUGAUGCGUUUGAGAAGAUGGUGCACACUCUACUGGAGAGGUAUGUUUUUGUCACAAAGGAGAAAUGGCUUCACUUUCUGAGUGAUUGGAAUAUUGGUUUCACUCCUGAGGAGUAUAACAAACUUUCCACCAUGCUCUCCAGGCAUCCCCACCUUCAUAGCAUGGUGAUCCGCAGCUAUCUGCUGAUUCAGCAGUACACGGAGGCCAUGAUGGCUCUGACUUCAUCCCCAUCCCUGAGGGACCACAUAACUCCAGAGACCCUGGCCAUGGUGGAGAACCUAAUCAACUCCGCGAACCAUGAGGGCUCCCAGGGCCGAGGCCACAUGCUGCUGGUCCGCGUUCCCUCCCUGCAGCUCGCCAUGUUGGCACGGGAGAGAUUGGAGGAUGUGAGGGACAAGCUGGGACUCCAGCUGUGCUUUGCGGUGCUGCUGGGAAGUCCCGCGUCUGAGAUCAACCUUCACAGAACCUUUAUCAACCGCCUCAAGGCCUGGCGAGGCUGUGAGAACGAAGACUGGGUUCCACACACAUACGAGGAUCUGGAAGGGCUGCCGUGCAUCGUCAUCCUCACAGGAAAGGACCCUCUUGGAGAGACUUUUCCCAGGUCUCUCAAAUACAGUGACCUGCGUCUGAUUGACUCCAGUUACUUAACUCGCACUGCCCUGGAGCAGGAGGUGGGUCUGGCCUGCACAUAUGUGUCCAGGGGCGUAGUCCAGGACCCCAAAGCAGCAGCUGUGGCUCCUCGGGCGUUAAGUGGAGAGAAGGUUACCACUAGUAUGAAUGAUGGAGAUGAGCUGGAAAGACCUCAGAGCAAUGGCAGCGCGGCAACCAGAACAUCUGGCUCUCUGGUCGAGAAUGGCGUCAGUUCAUCUGACGCUGCCGACUGCUCCCAGAAACCCUCCACUUCCGUCUCCCAGCCGGAAGUGGCCCUCUGCUCAGAUGUGGGCACGCUCACACAAGCCUUCAAGCAGGAGUGCGACUCCCUGGGGAGUCAACUUUCUCUGAACCCAUCCAAAGCCCCCAACGUGCCCGCAUCCCUGUACUGCAGCUCAUCAUCUUCCUCCCCCUCCACGUCGUCCUCCUCUUCCCAAAAACCCAGCCAGUCCACCGGCUGCGGCCGGUCGUCCAAGCACUGCAGGGUCGCGCCGCGGACGGUCAUCCUGUCUCGAGCCGCCUACAACCUGCUCUCUGGGGAGUCGGGCAGUCAGCUGAGCUCCUUCUCGCUGCUGCCCCACGCGGACGUGUCCUGGAGCAGUCCGCUCAGGCCCCUGGUCACUCACCACCUGCAGGGGGCAGAGCAGAGCACGUAUUACCGCCAGUGGACUGUCGCCAGGCAGCAUCAUGCUGACUACGAAGCACCACCCGUGCCACAUCCACGCCGCCUGCUGCUCAGCGGACCUCCACAGGUGGGAAAAACAGGAGCUUACCUCCAGUUUUUACGUAUCCUGUUUCGGAUGCUCAUCAGACUCUUGGAGGUGGAUGUGUACGAUGAGGAAGAGGAUCACGAAGAGGAAACUUCAGAGGUUACGACUCAUAUAAACACCCAGUGGCCCGACAUUGAGGAUGUGAGAAAGCUGCCCUUUGACCCCAACCCCAGAGAUCCCAAGUUCAGAAAGGCCAGCCCUGUUUACUCUGACAAGAUGCCAAAGUGCUUUAAAGAGUUUAAGCAAGAAGGGGAGAGUCAAACUCCGGUCCAACGGGUGACCAAGUCAAUACGGCUCAGUAGGUUUGCAGCCCACAACGCUUUUCACCACUGUGAACAGUGUCACCAGUAUUGUGAUGCGGGUCCGGCUACACAGCUGUCGGAGUGCAGCCUCCACGCUUUCACCUUCUGCUCGUCCAUGCUGGGAGAGGAGGUCCAGCUCCAGUUUUUCAUUCCUAAAGCCAAGGAGCAGCACUUUGUCUUCAGUCAGCAGGGCAGCCACCUGGAAAGCUUACGUCUGCCUCUGGUCUCCACCAAGGACCCCGAACGCUUGAAAAGUCCAAUAUUCACCCCGACAACAGGACGCCAGGAGCAUGGCCUUCUCAAUCUCUACCACGCCAUGGAGGGCACCACUCAUCUGCACAUCCUGGUGGUCAAACACUAUGAGAUGCCACACUAUAGGAAAUACUGGCCCAACCACGUCCUGCUCGUCCUACCAGCCAUGUUCAACAAUGCUGGAGUUGGCGCCGCUCGUUUCAUGAUCAAAGAGCUGUCUUACCAUAACCUGGAGCUGGAGAGAAACCGACUGGAGGAGCACGGCGUCAAGAGACAAGACGUGUGGCCUUUCAUUGUCCUGAUGGACGACUCCUGUGUGCUGUGGAACACCUACCAGUCCCAAGACGCAAGUGACACGUCAGAGGGAAGCUCAGCUCUAACCAACGUGUCUCUGAAAACCGUGCUGCAGCACAUGGAGAACACGCCGAAGAUCUCCCUGUACGCAAUGUGCGGCACCCGUAAGUGGAGCAGCAGCCUGGCUCAGAGGUCCCCCGGCAACCCCUUCAGUCGCUGUCACCUGCAUGACUUUGUCAUGCUCAAUGUGGACCUGACGCAGAAUGUUCAGUAUGAUCUCAAUCGGUAUGGCUGUGAGGAGGUGGACUUCAAUCUGAGGGUGAACAGCAGCGGGUUGCUGCUGUGCCGCUUCAACCACUUCUGCCUGAUGAAAAAACACAUUCCCGUUGGGGGAAACAAAGACUUUGCUGUCAAACCUAAACUCAUGGAAAUCGAGAGCCCAGCUCCAAUCAGCCCAUCACAGUAUGUCUGCGCUCCAGACAGUGAGCAGACCCUGUUAGACGCCCCGGCCCAGUUCCUGCUGGAGAGGUUCCUGCAGAGCUGCAGCCACAGACUGUUUCCGAAGGCUGUUCAGAACAGAAACAACCCAGUUCUGUCCAUCGACAGCUACCUUAACCUCAGCCCGGAGAUUUCUGUGUGCUACAUCAACUCUCGUCCACACUCCACCAACCAGGACCAUCAGGGUCUGGUGUUCAGCGGUCUGCUGCUUUACCUCUGUGACUCCUUCGUCGUCUCCGGACUCCUCAAGAAGUUUCGCUUUCUCAAAGGAGCCACUCUCUGCGUGAUCUGCCAGGACCGAAGCUCCCUGCGUCAGACCAUUGUGCGACUGGAGCUGGAGGACGAGUGGCAGUUCCGUCUGCGGGAUGAGUUUCAGACGGCUAACUGCAGUGAGGAUCGGCCCCUCUACUUUCUGACGGGGCGCCACGUGUGAAGCUGUUACUGCUUAGGUCUACGAUGCCACUGAAGAGGCGUGAUCAGAAAUAAGGGUAGCUCUCAUUCCAAGCCAUCCAGCAACCCUCACACUAUUUCCAGGCCGGUAGACAUGGCUGUUCUUUUACGAGUACCACCGCACUGCACUAUGACACUGAGCUUAUUGAAUUUCUGUCUCGGGAUAGGGCCCUUUAGCUCUUGCUUGCCAUCCAACUUGUCUCCACUAUAAAUUGUUCUACUGGACAAAAAGACCCCAAUUUGGACUUUGUUUUGUUGUCAUAUUCUGCGAAAAAUGGACGCCCUCCAAAUGAUAAGAGGACCCUUUAAAGAUUGUGUGCGACCAUGAACUUUGAAUCGAGUGUGUCCGGUUAUGGAAAUGCACGUUCAUCUCAGGGUUUCAAAAGAGGGAAAUCUAAAAAAAAAACAAGAUGUAAAGGUGUUAAGUUUUUCCUCCCUAUUCUCAGUGUAUGUUUGGCAUUACCUUAUGUUGGCACCAAAGACAGCUGCACCUUGUCUUUCCCUUCUGCUUUCCUUGCUCUGCCUCUGAAACUCCAUGAAGCUCAGCAGCUCCACAUCAACAUUGAGGUUGGCUCCUAUAUCAGUGGGAUUUGAACUGUAAUGGACAAUUUGAUCUAGCACAGCUAAACGCUUUCUUGUGCCUCUAAGAUAACUAACAAUCUUCCUCGCAAGAAGCCAUUUUAGCGCAUUUUACUUCUCAUUUCCCAAUGACUGAAUUAUUUCAAUAACAAGAUGUUACUUUCCGGACCAGUGAAGUUGGUCUAUUUUUAUAUCCAGACCUCUACUUAGAUACGCUUUAUUUUUUUCGAAAAGCCAAUCUGUUAAUGUGUAAUGCCAAUCAGUCAGAGCAAAAUAGACCCAUAUCCUAAAAGAAAUAUUUCCCAUCAACACAUUCACUGAUUUGAAGGCAAAGUAGGUGAAUACAGUGUAAUAGUUAAGCUCCCUCACUGCCAAUGACCUUGCUACUAACUGUGCCUGGGAUUUUAGCUCCUUCUGUGAUGCAGCUGCCGUUUGUGUACCUUUGAAAUGGGUUGAGUUAUCCAAAAAAAAAGGGUGACUCACUGUCAAAAAGCAGCCUGGUAGGUCAGUUCAUAUACUUGAAAGUGUUUUUGUAUGUUUCUCCACAGGGUUGUCCAAAGAAUAUGCCUUAAAUGAUGUUUCACACAGUCACAGGUCACCCAUUUUUCAGACCAGUAAGGAUGAAGGCUUGGACUGUGAGGCGAAGAAAUGUUGUUUGAGUCAAGCUAGAAGAAGAAAAAAGAAAUUGGACUACUGUACUGUUUAAAGUUUUGUUUACAUUAUUAAUAUAUUAUAUCACCCCCUUUAUCACUGAGGGUUACUGAUGUUCUUUAGUCUUGUGUAACUUUUGCCAGUAGUUUUUGGUCAUGUCUUUCCGCAUUUUAUGUCGCAAAGGCAAGAAGAAUCUACCUAGAUAUGUCUUUAAACAUAUGUCUGUAUCCCUUUCUGUCCAUGUGUUGCAUUUGUGUUGAAAAUGAAAAUCAUGUCCAUGAGAGAUUCUUAUUUAUUUGGCAAGCAUUUUGGACUGAUAAUCAUAUUGAACUGUGAUAUUUGACUGCAUGCUAAAGGGGGUGGGGG